UUCAGUUUCCUUCAGGCCCCUGGUGAGGCGAGAGAAUCCUGAACACAUGUGUCCAGGACAAAUGCUCACCCUCCUCCAAGGAUCGACAACUUCUCCAUUCAUAUCUGAGGAUAACUAAGUGGUUUGUGGAGCGCAGAAUUUGAAAGAUACACAAGAAGAAAACGGAAUCUGCUUAGUCAUUCAGGGAUCUGCGAACGAGAGAACUGUCAGAAGUCAAGACAAGAAGGAGCAGUGAGCAACUGCCAUGGCUUCAGGAAUCCUGAUGAACAUACAAGAGGAGGUGACCUGCCCUGUUUGCCUGGAGCUUCUGACAGAACCCCUGAGCCUUGACUGUGGUCACACCUUCUGUCAAGCCUGUAUCACUGUAAACAACAAGGAAUCCAUAAUUGGCCAAGAGGGGAACAGAAGCUGCCCUGUAUGCAGAGUUAGUUUUGAGCCUGGGAAACUGCGGCCUAACAGGCAGGUAGCCAAUAUAGUGCAGAGGCUCCAAGAGGUUAAGGGGAACCAAGAGGAAGAGCAAAAGAGAAAUCUCUGUGCUCACCAUGGAGAGAAACUCCAGCUCUUCUGUGAAAAGGAUAGGAAGGUCAUUUGUUGGCUUUGCGAGCGAUCUCAGGCGCACCGAGGUCAUAAGACGUUCCUCUUGGAGGAGGUUGCACCAAAGUACCAGAAAAUGCUCCAAUCACGUCUGCAGAGGCUGAAGGCGGAGAAACAGGAAGCUGAGAAGUUGGAAAUUAAAGUCAGAGAAGAGAUGUCUACUUGGAAGACUCAAAUACAAAAUGAGAUGCAAAGUGUCCAGGAAAACUUUACAAGACUAAGACAAAUCCUGGACAGUGAGGAGGUGAAGGAACUGAAAAAACUGAAGGAUGAGUUGGAAGUUAUUCUCAAAGAGCUGGCAGAAUCUGAGAAUGAUCUGGUCAAAGAGAAGCUGUUGGUGACCAAUCUCAUCUCAGAUGUGGAGCACCAUUUGCAAGGGACAACAAUGGAGCUGCUGCAGGAUGUGAAUGAUAUCAUGAAAAGGAGUGAAUCCUUGGCUCUGAAGAAGCCAAAAAGUUUCCCCAAGGAACAGAGGAGAGUGUUUCGAGCUCCUGAUCUGAGAGAGAUACUGCGUGUGUUUAAUGAGCUGACAGAUGUGCAACGCUACUGGGUUCAGGUGACCCUGACUUCUCCCAGGGGUGCAAAUGUUGUCAUUUCUCCGGAUCAGAGACAAGUGAGAUAUGCGUCCAAUCACCAGGACUUUAAUACAGGUCUGAAUCAUAAUUAUGAAAAUUUUGGUGUUCUGGGCUUCCCAGUUAUCACAUCAGGGAGACAUUACUGGGAGGUAGACGUGUCAGAGAAACGUGCCUGGAUCCUGGGGGUAUGUGGUGAAAACUGUGAAGAUACCAUGGAGUUUUCAUUCGAAACCAGUCAAAAUUAUCAAAAUGUUUAUUCAGAAUGUCAACCUCUAAGUUUCAGUUUAACAAAUGUUUGUUCAGGAUAUCAACCUAAAAAUGGCCGUAGAAAAAAUGUUUAUUCAGGAUAUCAACCUAUAAAUGGCAGUAGUCAAAAUGUUUAUUCAAGAUAUCAACCUAAAAAUCGCUAUUGGGUCAUAGGGUUAAAGCAUGAUUCUGUAUAUAAUGCCUUUGAUGAAUCUUCCUCCUCACAUCCUGUGAUUUUAACCCUCUCCCUGAGUGUUUCUCCCCAUCGUGUUGGGGUUUUCCUAGACUAUGAGGCUCGCACUGUCUUAUUUCUCAAUGUCACCAACCAUGGGUUUCCCAUUUAUAAAUUCUCUUCAUGUUCCUUUCCUCAGAGAACAGUUCCAUAUUUCCAUCCUAUGCAAUGUGAAGCACCCAUGACUCUGUGUUCACCAAGCUGUUGAGUCUUCUGACAUUCACACUCCCUUCUCUAUAGUGCCUCUUACUGUAGGUGCAUCUAACACACCUGUGCUUAUCUGCAACAUUCUUACCCUUUUUCCUUGCUGCCUCUCUUUUUUUUCCAUUUGAACAUCCUUCAUUCAUUAAGAGGGUGAACAAUUUCCCUUGUGUCAUAUUUUCCCCAAUAUCAGGUAUGUGUUAGAAAAUCUUAAUUAAUUUUCCUUACCCAUGGUAAAAUGAUGGAUGCCCCAUAAAGAAAGAGCAGUAUUGAUGUAACACCUUUGCCAAAUUUUACAAUCUCAUUUACACCGCCACUGACUGAGAAAAUGGAAGAAAACUUUUCGACAACAUUUGUGUAUUAGACCUAGUAUAGGAGUCCUUCACUAAAAAAUGAGUGCUGAGCUGUGUCUCAGUUUAUCCAUGAUGCCCAUAUUCAUUAAGGAAUUGAGGGGAAAAUAUCAUAAAUGAUAUGUACUAAGAAUGAAAGUUUUGUGUUCAGAGUGUCUAAAUUCAAGCCCUGUCUUUACAUAUUAGAAGUGUAAACUUGAAUAGCAUAUUUAAGUGAUAUGUUUAUUUCCUUAAAGCAAUCUUGUUAUAAAAUUGUACCAUAUACAAGAUGAUUGUGAGAAAUGCAACCAAGUGUAAAGCAUAUAACUGUCUCAAUAAUAAAUAUUUUAUCUUUUAAUUACUAAACAA